CUCGGUCGCCGUCAGAUCAUGAAUCAUUAGGGGAGAUCCGGAAGCCUGGGGGUUCUUGCCUGGACUGGAGCAUGGUGCUUUGGCAGAUGCCCGGGAGACGGACGCCUGUAAAGGGAGCAGUGUCCGCUCGGGGAGAAAGUAUUUUAUGAUUUGCUGCACUUCCUGUUAAGCGCAGCCUCUCGUUUUCAGCAGAGCCAGAUUGCAAAGAGCAUUUGCAACUCCUCCUCCUCAAGGCCGGGUGCUGCCUCCUGGCAGUUCCAGUCCCUGGUUAUCAUCAGUCCUGCCUGGGAUUCCGGCUUGCAGCCGGAAAGGGGAACCACAUUGCAAUGUUUGUUUGCACCACCGCCUUCUCCAGGCCUGCGUGAGUCUGGCCCUGCUUCGCUGCUGAAGCUGCCCAGAGGAAGGCACGUUUCAGGGAGCGCUUGCACCGCCUCCUGCUUGACAGAGGGGGACGGACCUAGUCGCAGGAUCCGGACUCCAGGGAUUGUGUUUAUUGGCAAACGGUGUCGAGCGCAACUUCUGCACCUUCCUCUUUCUCCCCGGGGCACGUGUACUGGGGGACAUGUCACUUCGCUGUGCAAAGGGAAGGAAACUUUCUCACCCACCAAGAGUCUGCGGAUAUUGUUGAGCGGCGGAAGAGUUAUAAACUGAACCGCAGUUUGAAGGAUGUCUCAUGAUCUUGCUCCUGGAGGAGACGGGGGCCCCUAGCAACUCUCCCAGCCCCCGUUUAAAACACCGCAGCUGGAGAAACUCCUCCCUUCCCCUUUGGUUCCCCCACCCCCUUUCCCCCCAGUUCCUGAGCGUUUGAAAACAAGCCCAGAUUGGCUGCUGGUGGUGGACAGUGGUGGGAGGUGGAAGAGGAGCCUUGCUUGGGAGCCGUCCUCUGGAGUCCAGCCUUGUUGAGCGGGAUGGGAAGCACUGCCAUGGACACCAAGAAGAAAGAUGCUUCCAGCAGCGGCGGCAGGAAAGGCUCCAGCCAGAGGAGACGCAUGUUGCGAGUGCACAUCCCGGAUCUUAGCUCAUUUGCCAUGCCAUUCCUGGAUGGAGAUGUGGAGAGCGCAGACAAAAGUGCUUCUCGAAAGGUGGAAGAGAGCUACCAUCCGGGCAGCCCUUCGAAAGGCCUUUUCUCAAAAGGGCUCCAAAAUCGACCUUCCAGCCCCGUUUCUGCUCCUGUGAGAUCUAAACAUAGCCCAGGUUCACCAAAAACAGUGUUCCCCUUCCCAUAUCAGGAGUCUCCCCCACGCUCCCCACGCCGAAUGAGCUUCAGUGGGAUCUUCAGGUCCUCUUCCAAAGAAUCCUCUCCCAGUUCUAACCCGUCUACCUCGCCCGGUGGCAUCAAAUUUUUCUCCAGAUCAAGAAAAACCUCCGGCCUCUCCUCUUCUCCAUCUACCCCAACACAAGUGACCAAGCAGCCUCCAUUUCCUCUUGAAUCCUAUAAACAUGAACCUGAGAGACUAGAAACCCGGAUUCACUCUUCUCCUCCGGACACAGGGCAGAGGUUUACUCUGCCUCCACCCCAAAAUGCAGCCAAGCCUCCCACGGUGAUGCCAACUCCCUGUGCUACCUCAAAAACAGCGGCGGCGGCGGCAGCAGCAGCUGCGGCGGCUCCGGCUUCUCCUCAGCCCCCGGCCGCCUCCGAAGGGAUGCUGGAGAAACUAGAGCUCGACGAUGAAGCAUCUGAAGAAUCGGAAAGUGACAUCUACAUGCGAUUCAUGAAGUCUAACAAGUGUUAUGACAUAGUUCCAACAAGUUCUAAGCUUGUUGUUUUUGACACUACAUUACAAGUAAAGAAGGCUUUCUUUGCCUUGGUGGCAAAUGGUGUUCGAGCAGCUCCACUGUGGGAGAGUAAAAAACAGAGUUUUGUAGGAAUGUUAACAAUUACAGAUUUCAUUAAUAUACUGCAUAGAUACUAUAAGUCUCCAAUGGUUCAGAUCUAUGAAUUGGAGGAGCACAAGAUUGAAACAUGGAGGGAGCUUUAUUUACAAGAAACUUUUAAGCCUUUAGUGAACAUCUCCCCGGAUGCAAGCCUUUUUGAUGCUGUAUAUUCAUUGAUCAAAAACAAAAUCCACAGAUUGCCAGUUAUUGAUCCUGUCAGUGGGAAUGCACUUUAUAUACUUACCCAUAAAAGAAUCCUCAAGUUCCUCCAGCUUUUUGUGUCAGAAAUGCCAAAGCCUGCCUUUAUGAAGAAGAACCUGGAUGAACUUGGGAUAGGAACUUAUCACAACAUUGCCUUCAUACAUCCAGACACUCCUAUUAUUAAAGCCUUGAACAUAUUUGUAGACAGAAGGAUAUCUGCAUUACCCGUUGUAGAUGAGUCAGGAAAAGUUGUAGAUAUUUAUUCCAAAUUUGAUGUAAUAAACCUGGCUGCUGAAAAAACCUAUAAUAAUCUAGAUAUCACCGUAACGCAAGCUCUCCAGCACCGUUCUCAGUAUUUUGAAGGUGUUGUGAAGUGCAGUAAGCUGGAAACACUGGAGACCAUUGUUGAUAGAAUAGUGAAGGCUGAGGUUCAUCGUCUGGUAGUAGUGAAUGAAGCAGAUAGCAUUGUGGGUAUCAUCUCCCUCUCUGACAUUCUACAAGCAUUGGUGCUCACACCAGCAGGUGCCAAACAAAAGGAGAGUGAAACUGAGUGACUGCUGUGAAUGUAUAAAGCUUUCUAGGAGAACUUGAACAAAGUUUCUGGGUCAAGUUUGCCUCAAGAACACUGACUGCAAUAGAAACGAGAAGAACGGUUAUGAGAAUGUGUAUUGAAACUCAGUGAUGGGUAAUGUCUGUAUUUUCCCCCAGUGGUGUCGCAAAAAAGCAGCAUGACAAAAAAGCUUAUAUGGUUAAAAAAUGUAGGCUUGCAUUUCAAAAUGUCUUCAAAACGUUUGCUGAAAGACUAUGUCCUUCAUUAAAAUGCACUGUAUUCUGAAACUGUUUCAUUCGUAUUUGACAGAAGUCACUGGUCAGCAACAGACAUCUGACAUAAGGCAAGUGUGUGGCAUAUUCAUAUCAUAGUGCCUUAUGUCAAAUACAGCAAUAUGUCAUCGGUUGCCCAUCACUGUCAGAGGAAGUAUUGUGCUAAACAAGACACUGUAUUUGAAUGUGAAAGUCUUUAAACCUAAAACCAAAUCAGUUUCAGUUCUCAUUAGAUUUGUCAUAAAAGUUGUAAUUUGAAUAUCAGUAGAUUACUUUAAAACUUUAAUGACGGUUUCGUGUUUUUAAUGUUACAUUCUGAACUGAUAUGUAAAACAAGACUGAUUUAAAAACAGCUUUAUUUAUUUUUACUUUCAUGGCAAUUUUUUACACAUUUUUGGUGGAUAGCUAAAAUUUCAUCAUGUCCAUUAAUAAACUGUUGAUUGUUAUACAAAAAAGUGGCAGAUUUUUCUCAUUUUUUAACACUUGGGAGCUGCAGAAGCUGUAGCUUCUAGAUCAGCCCCCAUUACUUCAGUCUAAGGUUUUCAAAAGCACAUGUUGAAAAGUGUUAUUCUGUACUGUAAUAGACAGGUACCGUGGAGGAGACUAAGUGCCAGAGAGCUAUAUAUUUUCCUGUGUACUAAAAUGUUAAAUCAUGUUUGUAAGAUUGCAGAUACAAUUUUUUGUAAAUUAUAAUGGAUAUACAGUUUUCGUACAGAUGCAAAGAGCGAUGAAAGGUUUUUGCUAAUGUAAAUGCACCGUAAAGCUUAGAGAUCACACUAUAUAAUUGUAGACUUUCUUCUGCAGAUGGAAGAAAUUAAACAAACCUUACUAUAGCAGUUUUUGAAAAUGCCAGGUAUCUUUGCAUGUACAGAUUUUACAUGCUUCUUACAUCCUUUUUUUCCCACCUAGAUAUUUGUUAUAAUGUAAGACAUUGAAUCACUCUUAUCUCCCUUCCCUCUUUACAGGUUAAUUGUACAUUAAAGGGACACUGUUACUUUAAAAGCAAACGUCUUUACCUGGGUUAUUGUAUAACACCUUACACUAUCAAAACUGAAUGAAUGGUCAGUCUCGCAUUGAUGGGGUGUUUCUCCAUUUCUCCCAGAUAGGACAAUGAAAAUGGAUUGAUUUGUCACUCUCUAAUUCCAGGCACAGGAUGGGAAAUGUUUAAAUUAAACUGAAAACUACAUUAAUGACUUGUUUAAAAAAAAAAAAAAAUGAAAAACCUGUCUUGUCAAAACUUGCUUUCUAUAAACCUAAAGUUUGGGUCUACUGUUGACAACUCCUUUUUUAAUAGCACCUCAGACGUUUUUUCAGUAUAAAAUCUCAACACAUUCACAUAGUACACGGUCAAAAAAAUUGUUCACUGAUUUUUUUCUCUCCCUUGCUUAUCCCCUCUGAAAAGUUAUAAAGGGUCUUUCUCUAAAAAGUUUUCCUUUCUGACUAGAUAAAAAUUGACUCCUUCCCAUAUAGUUCGAAUGGUGCUGAAGUUUAAAUGGCUGCUUUGGUUUAACAAUAACCUCAGCAUAUAGAGUUCAUCAUCCCCAUCAUAAAUACCAUUGUCCAAGCUCUGGGAAUAAUGGUGGUGGAGAGAGAAAAAUUAAAACUGAAUGGAGUGGCUCUUGUUUUUUGCUCCUGUGGCAGUGUGGUAGAAUUAUUUUUCUUUGCAACUUCUUCAAAGUUAAGACCUCAACAUUGUCCCUUUUUUUAGAGAGCACUUGCAUAAUGUAUGUGUUCAGCACGGUCUGUUUUAUUGGUGGUGUGUAUGUGUAAGCCCACCGUUCUGCCGAAGAAGGGAUGAAAAUGUUAUUCAAUUGAUGUGGUAAGAGAGACUGAUUAAAGCAGAAGUUUAGUCACUUGAGAAUUAAUUAUAUUGGCUGAACUCCCUCCUGUCAUAGGGAGAAUCACAAUCUGGUCUAAGUCUUUAAGAAAAAGAAUUAUCUGAAUUAUUGCAUAAUAAUUAAAACCAAAAUGCUCUAAAUUCAUAAAGGAGUGAGACACCCACAAAAGGAGGCUGAGGUUUUUGCUUCUUAUUCAUCAAAGCACUGAAGUGUGCGCUUAAAGUUAGUGUUUGCUGAAUUGGGUCCUAAGUCUAGAACAGUACCCUUUUCUCCCACUUUUUAUUUGGGCAUUGCUGAGCACACAAACACAUUGUAAGACCCUCUGAUAAAAGGACUACAACCUUGUUACAUACCACUGGGAAAACAUUUAUCACAAAUACAGGUGGUGUACAGACUGCUGUACUAUUCCCCAUAUGUACUGUUCCCAAUACAGCAUUAUCUGUUUUAAGACACACGAGUUCUUACUGUCGUAUGCUGUAAAUAAUAUGUAUGGCCUAUGUACUGCAUUUGGUAAAGUGUUGAAUUUGAGUAAUCUACAUCAAAAUAAUUGAACAGCUGUAAAAUAAACAUGUAAAGCAUUGCUCUUAUACCACAAAAUGAAAUGCAUUCAAAUGUUUGUUUUUGUGUGUUUAAAAAACCAUGAAUGUAAGGUUUUUUGUUUUUUUUUAAUACAAUCAAGUGAAAUGAAAUGUCUGUUACAAAACUUGAAAUAGCUUAGUUUGUGAAA